GCGGGAGGCGUCGUUGCCCCAGCUCCCUCUGGGGAAAGGAAGCCUCGACCGGAGCCUCUGGAGAGAGAGGGGGCUGAGACCCUAAACAGCCUCCGAGAUCCGGAACUUGACGUUGUUGCAUUGGUUUAUAGUGCCUUAGCCAACGCUUUUACCUUCUGGCCUGUGAUCAUUUUGAUCCUCACUCCCCCACACCCCCCAAAAAAUCAAUAUCUAAGGUUGGAAACCUGAAUCCUUCAAACUCAGAUCCCAAAUGGCACAGUGGGAGAUGCUGCAGAACCUCGACAGCCCAUUUCAGGAUCAGCUGCACCAGCUCUAUACAAAUAGCCUCCUGCCAAUGGACGUCCGACAGUACUUGGCUGACUGGAUUGAAGACCAGAACUGGCAGGAAGCUGCAUUGGGCAAUGAUAGUUCCCAGGCUAACAUGCUCUUCUUCCACUUCUUGGACCAACUAAACUAUCAAUGUUCCCGCUGCAGCCAGGACCCUGAGAGUUUAUUAUUACAGCAUAAUUUGCGAAAAUUCUAUCGGGACAUUCAGGCCUUUCCCCAGGGCCCUAUCCAAUUGGCUGAGAUGAUCUUUAAUCUCCUUCUGGAAGAAAAAAGAAUUCUGAUCCAGGCUCAGAGGGCUCAAGUGGAGCAAGAAGAGCCAGCCACUGAAGCACCUGUACAGAGCCAGCAGCAUGAGAUUGAAUCCCGGAUCCUGGAAUUAAGGGCUAUGAUGGAGAAGCUGGUGAAAUCCAUCAGCCAACUGAAAGACCAGCAGGAUGUCUUCUGCUUCCGAUAUAAGACUCAGGCCCCAGUAAGGACACCUUUGGACCCUCGUCAGACCAGACAGCAGCAGCUUCUGCAGGAAACUCUCAAUGAACUGGACAAAAAGAGAAAGGAGGUGCUGGAUUCCUCCAGAGCACUGCUAGGCCGAUUAACUACCCUAGUUGAGCUACUGCUGCCCAAAUUGGAGGAGUGGAAAGCCCAGCAGCAGAAAGCCUGCAUUGGAGCGCCCCAGGAUGGAGGGUUGGGACUUCUCCAGCUAGAGAAGUGGUUCACAGAUGGAGCAAAGCUAUUGUUUCAUCUGCGGCAGCUACUGAAGGAACUGAAAGAACUGAGUAACCUGGUUAGCUAUGAGAAUGACCCUCUGACCAAAGGAGUGGAUCUGCAGAAGGCCCAGGUUACAGAAUUGCUACAGCGUCUGCUCCACAGAGCCUUUGUGAUAGAAACCCAGCCCUAUAUGCCUCAAACUCCUCAUCGACCCCUCAUCCUUAGGACUGGGAGCAAGUUCACUGUCCGAACAAGGCUUCUGGUAAGACUCCAGGAAGGCAGUGAGUUACUGACUGCCGAAGUCUUUAUUGACAGGAAUCCUCCUCAAUCACAAGGCUUCCGGAAAUUCAACAUUCUGACUUCAAACCAGAAAACUUUGACCCCUGAGAAAGGGCAGAGUCAAGGCUUAAUUUGGGACUUUGGUUACCUGACUCUGUUGGAACAACGUUCAGGUGGUUCAGGAAAGGGCAGCAAUAAGGGUCUGCUGGGUGUGACAGAGGAACUGCACAUUAUCAGCUUCACGGUCAAAUACACCUACCAGGGUCUGAAGCAGGAGCUGCAAACGGACACCCUCCCUGUGGUGAUUAUUUCUAAUGUGAAUCAACUCUCAAUUGCCUGGGCCUCAAUUCUCUGGUUCAAUCUGCUCAGCUCAAACCCUCAGAAUCAGCAGUUCUUCUCCAGCCCCCCCAAGGCCCCCUGGAACUUACUGGGCCCUGCUCUCAGUUGGCAGUUCUCCUCCUACGUUGACCGAGGCCUCGACCAGGACCAGCUGAGCAUGCUCAAGGACAAGCUCUUUGGGCAGAACUCUGGGAAUGAGAAUCCAUCAUUGUCGUGGGCUGACUUCACUAAGAGAGAGAGCCCGCCUGGAAAGCUACCAUUCUGGACAUGGCUAGACAAAAUUCUGGACCUAGUACAUGACCACUUGAAGGAUCUCUGGAAGGAUGGACGCAUCAUGGGCUUUGUGAGCCGGAGCCAGGAGCGCAAGUUGCUGAAGAAGACCAUCUCUGGUACCUUUCUACUGCGCUUCAGUGAAACAUCGGAAGGUGGCAUUACCUGCUCCUGGGUGGAACACCAGGAUGAUGAUAAGGUGCUCAUCUACUCUGUGAAGCCCUUCACCAAGGACGUGCUUCAGUCACUACCACUGACCAAAAUCAUCCGCCACUACCAGCUGCUCACUGAGGAGAACAUACCCGAGAACCCACUAUGCUUCCUCUACCCCCGAAUCCCCCGGGAUGAAGCUUUUGGGUGUUACUACGAGGACAAAGUUAAUCUUGAGGAACGAAGAAAAUACCUGAAACAUAAGCUCAUUGUGGUCUCUAACAGACAGACGGAUGAGCUGCAACAACCGCUGGAGCCUAAUCUGGAGCUAGAAGAGGAUCCAUCAGAGCUGCCACCAGGACCAGAGCCAGGGCUAGGCCUGGGUUUAGAGCCACUGCUAAAGACAGGGUUGGAUCUAGGGCCACCACUGGAGCCCACGCUGGAGCCCACGCUGGAGCCCACAUUCAGCAUGGUAUCACUAAUAGUGCCAGAGCCAAACCUGGGACUGGAACUGGAGCUGGAGCCUGUUCUAGAGCCUCUUUCACAGUCAGUGCCAGAACCAGAGCCAGAUUUGCCCCAUGAUCUGAGACACUUGAACACUGAGGAAAUGGAAAUCUUCAGAAACAGUAUGAAGAUUGAAGAAAUCAUGCCAAAUGGAGACCCACUAUUAGCUGGCCAGAACACCGAGGAUGAGGCUUGCUUCUUCCAUUCCAGCCAUUUCAUCACAGAUGCGUCUUUGAUUCCUUCUGACUACUAGGAACUACGUUUCCUCUGUUCUUCCCAUAUCUUUUACCCCUACUAAUCCCCACGUUGUGAUGUUGCUCUCCAAGGAUGGGGAAUCAGGCAUGUGCCCCUUCUAACCUGGGUUAUCCCUGUGAUUUGGAAUGAAAGGAUCAAGCAUAAUAAAGGUAAGGAGGGGCACCAGUGAAUCAGAACAGAUGUUGGCCAUAGCUCUAACUAGGAUCCUGGAGGCUUCCUGCUGUGUUGGGAGGUGCAGCAGUUUUAGGAACAGGCCAGGACAGUUAGAGUAUACUUGGAGGGCCCGGGGAAGUCGCUUCUUUCCAGUAUGGAAGGAUUUCAACAUUUUGAUAGCUGGUAAGACUAACUUGGUGCCCACUAGCAUUGGCUCUCAGUGGGGUACUGACACAUGAUAGGAUUCCAUUUCUCCUGCAUAUCUAGGACAACCUUUUCCUUUCUUCCUCCUCUCACUCCUGAUUCAAGUCAUAAAGUUCCUCUUUUCCCACCAGGACUGAGAGCUUUCUGCCUCGGCUACCAUAUGAGGCUUCCCUCUGAGGAAGAGAGUAGGAUAGGAGGUAGACCUCCUCUUCUUACCAGUAUCCUCCCCUGCACUGCCCCCCCCAAGCUGGCCACACCCAUUCCUCCCCUGAAAAACAUUCUUCCAGCCUAAUGUGCCUGUGAAGCUUUGCACAAUAACGUACCCUGUCUAGUCUCCACUUUCCCAAUGCUUAGGAGACCAGGGAUGUAUACUAGCUGGGAAUUUAGGAAUUGCUUUUUAUAGUAUAGAUAGAAUGGUAUUUUUACAGAGGAAAAGACGCCCUGGGUCUUAGAUAUUUCUCUAUUAAGAUAUCAUCCCUUUCUUUUGUACAAUAUAUUGUUUACCUGAAAAGAUGGUUUCUAUUCUUUGGGCACGGACCUGCACAAAGAUCAAGUUCCUAACUUAGAACCUUGAAGGUUUAUCAUGGAGCUCUGGACAACCUCCCACCUUAGCCAUUCCCAGGGAACCCCAGGACAACUGCUAUUGCUCUAAGGUGUGCUACUAGUAAAACUUGA